AUGUAUUUAGCUGAUGAUGCACCUCUGACUUAGAGGGGGAUAACCUCUUCACAGUCUCAAAGCCUUUAAAGUCUUUCAAUAGAAAAUAAUGAUAAAGGGGCAAAGAAUUAAUAUUCCUCCAUUAUCACUAAAGAUCCUAAUUAAAAAUCAAGACUUUAGAUUCCUGAUGAUAUUCUUGACUUUGGUAAUCAAAAUAAAAGCAGUAAAUUCCCUGAGGAAAAUGAAUAAAAUAUUUCCCCCAGGGAUAAUUAACACCCUUUAUCUCAAAGGCUGAGUGACAAACUGCAAAUAGGAACCUAGCAAAUUUAGCUGAAUAACAAUUAUAACACAGCUUUGUAGUAAACAGCUGCAUCUACUAAUAUCCUAUCUCCAUAGUCAAAUGCAUACAUUCAGACACCUUUGCAAAAGAAAAACUAGGAAUUCGAGAAAAGCUUGUAAUAAACAGAGAAACUAAUUAACAGUGCAAGAAAUUAAGAAAGCAAGAAUCUCAUUAAUUUGGAGAACGUUUUGCUGGUUGAAGAUAAACUUUGGACUAUUCUUGAGUCUUUUAGGUACCUUUAACAUCAAGCUCUAGGUUAAAGACCUUCAACUUUAACUUAAGAAUAGGCCAUUACUGUUGCUUAGAAAAAGUAAGCUGACAUAGCAGUUUUAUGUGAAGAGUGGUGGGAGAUCACUCAUGAAGAUAAUCUUAAUUAUUUGGACAGACUGUUUAAGGAUGAAAUCGUGAGAAGAAGUGUUAGGUAAUCAAUAAUAUUAGAACUUCUAAGUGUGACAAUAUGUUACGCUAUCACCAGCGAAAAAAGCAGCGAUUAAGACGCCUAACUAAGUCUAAGUACUCUGACAAACUUGAAAAAUCUGCUGUUCUACACACAUCAAAACUUUUUAGUUUUGAUAGAUGUAAUCAUUCAUAGACUACCCCCUGAAUCUUCUCAUAACAUAUGGGCUCAUUCAUUGCAAGCAAUUCUUCUUAAUAAAAGUUCCAAGAAAUUACUACAUCAAACUGGAAAGUCCAAAGGUGGUAUUGCAGAUAAUGCUGCACCACUUUUAAUCUAAAAUAAUGAAGCUGUCGGAGAUUUGAUUAGAGCUUUGAGUAAAUCUAGCAAAGAAGAUUAAAUGAAGACACAGCUUAAUAAACCAGUAUUUCAAUGCUGCUUAGGUUUGCUUAAGAAGAUUACAAAGCAUUCAGUAUCUCAGGUACGAGAUCAUUUGUUUUCUUUACUUGAAUAAUUUACAACACAUCUCUUGUAAAAAUAGAACUAACACAUUAACCAGAAGAAUAACAUAGUUGAUAACUAGGAUGACAGUGAUUACCUACCAGUUGUAUAUCCCCCAUUCUUGCCACCCCUAUCCUAAAGGUAAUAAGAUAAGAUGUAUACCUUGGUGCUAGAUCUUGAUGAAACUUUAAUCCAUUACUUUGAAAUGGGUAGCGAGGGAGGUCAUUUCUUGAUUAGACCUGGAGCUGAGAAGUUUCUUAAGGAAAUGUCGCAGCUCUAUGAAGUUGUCAUAUUUACAGCCGCAAUGCAAGAUUACGCAGAUUGGGUUCUUGAUCAAAUAGAUCCAAAUGGGUGUAUCAAAUACAGACUAUAUAGACAACAUGCAACUCAAACGGGAGCCGUAUUCAUUAAAGAUCUUAGCAAACUUGGAAGGGACAUAUCAAGAGUUAUCAUUGUUGAUAAUGUAGCUGAAAACUUUUAGAAAUAGCCUGAUAACGGUAUAUUUAUUAGAAGUUGGUUUGAUGAUAUGACUGACACUGCACUUGAGGAACUGGGGCCACUUCUUAAAGAGAUUGUUAGAAAGCAGGUACCGGAUGUUAGAGUAGCCCUGAGAAGAUUCAGAGAUCAAAUGAUAGAGCAACUUGAGAAGGGCAUUUCCAACCCAAUUAUGACUCUCGAUUGA